CCCACGCAAGCUCGCUCGCCCGGCCCGCUCCCUCCUUCUGCUCGCUGCCCCGCCACUUCUUCUGCCUGCAACCCCGAGGGACCAUGGCGAGGUUCAGCUGGGGAUACGGCGAGCACAAUGGUCCUAUUCAUUGGAAUGAAUUUUUCCCUAUUGCUGAUGGAGAUCAACAAUCUCCAAUUGAGAUUAAAACCAAAGAAGUGAAAUAUGAUUCUUCCCUACGACCUCUUAGUAUCAAGUAUGACACAAGCUCAGCUAAAAUCAUCAGUAAUAGUGGCCAUUCCUUCAAUGUUGACUUUGAUGACACAGAGGACAAAUCAGUUCUGCGUGGGGGUCCUCUCACCGGAAGCUACAGGUUACGACAGUUUCACCUUCACUGGGGGUCCACCGAUGAUCAUGGCUCUGAACACGUGGUGGACGGCGUGAGAUAUGCCGCAGAGCUCCACGUUGUUCACUGGAAUUCAGACAAAUACCCCAGCUUUGUUGAGGCAGCUCAUGAGCCAGAUGGACUAGCUGUCUUGGGUGUAUUUUUGCAGAUUGGUGAGCAUAAUCCCCAACUGCAAAAGAUUACUGACAUUUUGGAUUCCAUUAAAGAAAAGGGUAAACAAACUCGAUUCACAAAUUUUGACCCAUUAUCUCUGCUUCCUCCAUGCUGGGAUUAUUGGACGUAUCCUGGUUCCCUUACAGUCCCACCUCUUCUAGAGAGCGUCACAUGGAUCGUUUUAAAACAACCUAUAAACAUCAGCUCUCAACAGCUGGCCACAUUCCGCACCCUCUUGUGUACAGGGGAGGGCAAAGCAGCGGCUUUUUUGUUGAGCAAUCACCGUCCACCACAGCCUCUGAAGGGCCGAAAAGUGAGAGCCUCUUUCCAUUAAAAGUUGUCACCAGUAGACCACCCCAAACGUGUCUGUGGAGAGAAAACAAAACAAAACAAAACAAACACAAACAUCCAUACUAACAGUUCUUUCCUAGAAUUCUAAUUUAUGGGGUGCCAUUUUGCUAUCAGCUUCAACACAAAGAAGAUCAGAUCUUUUUAAUCAAACUAACUUAAGUCAUCUGUCUCAGAUUUGCAGUAUAUAAGCAGUAUAUACUUGGGUAUAUAAGCAGUAAACACUGGUGUGUUUUAAAAUGCAUGGAAUACAUCUACUUCAACCUGCGUGGCAACGUGGUGGGCAUUGCAAACCUCAGAAUGUAUUAAAAAUCUUCCCUUGCCAUAAAGACUGAUCAGUCACGUCUCUCAGUGAUGUUUGGUGAAAAACUUAAAUUCAUUCCCAGAAUGAUAGGAUUGUGGUACCUUUUCCUAAACAAGUGAUUCCGCUUAAUAUCUUGAUAUCAUUCCAAUUCAUAAAAGUAGAUACUAUUUCCUUUUAAAGUGAAUUUUCGUUUGGAUCAUGUUGCUGAUUCUCACUGCAGGAUACCUCUAAUAAAAUGAACAAGAGGAGAGUUAUGGGGGUUGGGGUGGGAUAUAGCGAAUUAAAGCAUCUAUUCCACAGCUCAAAAAGAGUCAAUACAAUUUUGGUGAGGAAUUCCCCAGGAUAUAAAUGACUAUUUAAACUUUAAUGACUUAUGCCAUACAUCUCAUUCACUUGGUGAUGUUAAUGAUAAAGUGGCUAAUAAUUGAUCAGACACAGUGGUUGUCAAUUUAUGGCAUUAGCAUGGUUUGAAACAGAUUGCAAAUUACCAGUGCAGGCAGAGCUGCCCAUGGGCAUGAGGCACAGGUUGGCUAAUUUUGUCCUGUGUUUUGGCAACAGAGCAGGGAGCAGUCCUGUGAAGGUCAUUGUUUUGUCAAUUGAUGGGGAAAAAUUACUUGAGUUUCAUAGAUAUAAUCAGUCACAAGCCCUUCAAACCAUUUCCAUGGCAACACCCCUCUCCCCUUACACACGUGUCCCUCCAUCUCUUAAUUUUGUAAGUUGGCUCUAGAUAUUCACUCUAACCUAUUAUCUCUUGUAUAUUUUUGUUUGUUUUUGGUGAAGGAGGAUGGGGGAGGUCCUUCUGCUCUUUCUGGUACAAAUACAGUGACACUAAGCAUUAACUUAAUAAUCACGUUUAAGACUUGAACACAUGCUACACUUCUGUCAUCUUCUGAGAAAAGUUUAACUGAGUUUCCUUAAUUUUGAUGAUUUAUUAAGACACUUCUCUUCCCCUGAAUGUAGAUUUUAAUAAUUGGAAGUAUUCUGUGAUCGUCUUCUUUUUUUUUUUUUUUGACUGCACCACACGGCUUGUGCGAUCUUAGUUCCCUGACCAGGGAUCGAACCUGGGCCCAUAGUAGUGAAAGCACCGAGUCUUAACCACUGGACCACCAUGGAAUUCCCUGUGAUAGUUCUUGAUAGGAUCACUGAUUAUCAGUCAAUUGUGUAAUAAUGAUAGAUAUGAUUGCAUUAAGAUGAGUUCCUGAAGAUGAAAGCUCCUUUGGUUUUUGUUUCCCCUUCACAGUAUCUAGCUUGAGGCCUUGCAGGAGAUUGACAAGUAGCAAAUAUUUAAUUAAUUGAAUAUUUAAAAAACUUUAUUUUGUGUCUUUGGUAAUUAUCUUGCUGCUUGCAAUCAAGUGCACUGUAAGUUCGUGUAACAAGUAAAGCGCAAGUUAUCCCUUUAACAUUGUUUCUUCUUAAAGGAAUACUUGUUAAAUCUACCUGUGUAACGAGAAGUUCUCACUGGUUUUAAAAAUACCAGUGUUGAAUGAAUUUCUUUAGUUUGGAAAGACAUGUUGUGAAGUAUCCUAGUCAGAGAAAGAAGUCUGUUUUCUCAGAGAAAGUAAAUAGCAUGUAGGAUGGGGAUUCUAAUUACUGUGUAUGAGCAUUACCACUUUGUAAUUUAUGGUUUCUGCUACAGUAUUCCAUCAGUUCUAUGCUACAGAUUGGACUUUAGUAGACUAGAAACGUCUACACAGCACUGAUUUCCUUGAAGAUUGUCUGAUAAUUAGAGGCAAAAUUGUCUAAGUGUUAUCUAAAGUCUAAGUUGUUAUCUUUUGAAAAGAUUAAAGAGUUGUAAAUACUAGCAUGGAUAAUCUUUUGUUUCCCACCUGUAUUGGAUUUAUAUUUGUUAAGCAUUUUGUAUUUUAACUUAACUUGGA